GAUGAGAAGCUGGAAGGGGCGGGAGCUGUCACGGCGAGGAUGAACACGAUCGGGUGAUAAGAGGAAGAUGGCUACCGCAUCCAUUGAUGAGGGAAACGCAGUUUUUUCCCCGGGUCGGGUUGGGGACUUGGAGCUUAUGUAUUGGGUCUGGGCCAGGUAUUGGGCCGGGUCCAUGACCAAAAAAGAGAAACACCCAAGUUUCCUUCUCUUGCUCGAAUUGAAAUUGGAAUUUAGCCAUUCCCAUUUGAUUGCUUCUUCUUCCCCAGAAAUUAUUCCAGUUCGAAAUCCCAAUUUCUUUCUUUGACUAUGGAACCUGGAAGAUUUGAUCCAACUUACUCCUCAGAGUUAUUGAAGCAUAUGGAUAAGCAGAAUGAGAUCCUUAUGGAAGCCUACAGAUCAAUGCUCCAUGAAUCGCAAAAACUUCAGGUCGAAGAAGAAAUGCUUAUGCACAAGCUCUAUGAAGUUAUGUCAGCUCAUGGUCUAACUAAAAAGAGUGAUGCCAAUUCCAAUGCUGCUGAUAAUGUUGGAGCUUUAACUGAAACUAACAAUAACGAAGCUGUUACACACCCCAGCAGUAUAGAAACUCGAGGGCAACAAAGGGAAGUCACUCCUUUUCGAUACACUUAUAGGAGGAGAUAACAGAAAAUAACAGAAUGAGUGAGAGAAGCUGGUAGAAUUGUGGAGAGAAUUGGAUUUAUUCAUUCUCUUACUUCAAUAUAUAUUUCACUGGUCUGGAGAAUCUCAUACUAAAAUCUCCUGCACUAGUAACUUCGUUAGCUUCACACUUGAAUUACAAGCAACAAUUAAGUGAACAUAAGUGGAAGAUGAAUAUGGAUUGUAUUGAAGAAAAAUGCAGCAACAAAAUGCAAUAACAGCACCCUAUUUCCCUUUCGAGUCUCGGAAUGUGACUCUUUGAGCAUCAACUAAUUCUUCUGACCCCAUUCUCUCACUCCCCUUGUAAUAUAUUUUCCAGUACUCUAACUAACUGUACGGUCCCCUCACUCAGUGUUCUGACUGUUCUCUACUCUACUCUCACUCUAUUUUCUCAUAUAGUAGUCCCUCACCCAAAAUGGGGCUUUUCUCAUCCUCCUACUAGUUGUUAGCUUGGUUUCGGGUCAGGUUGGUCAGUUGCAUCAGCCUUCUUUCUUUCUACUUCUAGUUCUAAUUCAUCUUUAGCUCAAUUCUUCUAUCCUUUGUACAGGAGAUCUUAUAGAAGCUCAUGACAAACAGUGAGGACAUAGUUUAGAUUCAUUCACUCAUAAAUUUGGAACAAAUUAGUUGUAGGGGAAAUGAAAUAGAUCUUUCUUUACUCUAUAUCCUUUGUUUUGUUUUGUGUUUUUUUUCACAGCUUACUCUUUGUAAAUGAAUGCAUUUUCUUGGCAGUGCAAAAGUUAUGAAAAAAUUUUCACUACAAUGUGCAGGACAAAAUGAUCUUUGCCUUUUUAGCUAUAGAUCGAUGAAACUAUGAUACUACUCUUAGCUUGAUGAUGUUGAAAUUGCACUCAGUUUCGAGUUUGUUAAUUAAAUAGAUUAUUUGUUUCAAUUUGUGUGAGGGUAAAGAUGUCCUUAUAUGUUAAUAGAACUAUAAAAGAUAUUACAUCAUUUUACAUCAUAGGUUGUAAAGGAGAUUAAGCACGUGGCACAGGCAAAUAGAAUUCUGUCAAUACCAGUCUGUGUUAUGUUGAUCAAAUCAAAUUUCCACACUCUUUACUAAUAGAAUUUCAAUGCCUCUAGAGAUGCAAGACUUAUCAUCCCAAGAUGCAAAGUAAAGGCUUGGAGUUGAGUUAGAGCAUGUAAUAAUCAAUAUAUACGAGAUAUAGCGUAGGCAAAUAAUAAUGUGUGAAAUUCUAUAUCAGUACAAAGCAUUCAAAUAUUUCUUCCCCUGUCCCCCAAAACAAUAAAUAAUGUAAGAAAGGUAGCAAAUCACCAUGCUGGAUGAUGAGCCCAAAGGACUUAAGCUAUGAAAUUUAUUGCUAACAAUAUUCGGCCAACUACUAUAAAAUUUAUAAUACACAUUUUUCACAU